UCUCUCUCUCUCUCUCUCUCUUUCACUUCUUUUCUUUAUCUAACGUUCUUACCCAAUUCUGUUAUUAUUACAACAAACCCAUUUUCUAUUUUCUCUCCCAUUCCUAAAAUCAGGCCGGCCCUUCCCAUGGCUUAUACCCGCGGAACAUGGCCGCCGUUUUUCGCUCUUCUUCUCUUCUCUCUACUCUCCGCCACCCAUUGUCUCCUCGGUAACGAUAAGGAGAAAAAUUGUAUGUACGCGGUGACCGUGGAAACAAGUUGCACGAAAGGAGCGGACACAUCGAACCACGUCAGUCUGAGAUUCGGGGACACGAAUUCCAACGACAUUGUGGUAAGACGUUUGAAUUCGAAGCACGUGAGAAGAGUGGAUCCUUUGGAACCUCAAGUUCUAGACGACAUUUCGAGAAAACCCUUUCAAGUUUGUAUGGUCGAUCAGUUUCAAGUGACCGGAAAAUGCGUCACCUCACCCAUCUGUUACCUCUACCUUAAACUCUCCGGUGCCGACGACUGGCGCCCUGGUUUCGUCCAAGUCCGCUCGUUGGAGGGCCCACAUCUCAGCUCCAAUUAUUUCUACUUCCGACGUGUAUUGCCUCGUCACGUUUGGCAUGGAUUUGACACGUGUCCUGGUGAAGUCACUCCUUUUGGCAUCAAACGCAAUAGAAAGGUUUAAACUUUAUUUAGCCUUUGUUUAAUCAAAUGGAUUCAUUAAUUUCUUUACCAUGUCAAUUAAAUAAAAGUAUAUAUAUAUAUAUAUAUAUAUAUAUAUAUAUAUUGUUUUUUUACUUUUCUUUUCUACAUGAUGUCGAUCCCAGAAGUCGAACAUCUAACGUUUUGAUAAGGACAACGAAAAUCUGCAAACAUUUUCAUUCUUAUUGAUUUUGUUUGUGUCAA